AUGAGGAAACCAACUAUAGAAGGUCAGCUCUUUUAUGUUGAGGAAAUGGAUCAGUUGGCAGAUGAGCUUCUAGAAGAGUUAUCAACAGAGGAUCCACUACAAGUUGCUUUGACCAAGGAUUCUUCAGAAGGAUAUAAAGCAAUAGGUUACACUCUAGAUGAUAUCAAGGGGAUCUCCCCUGACCUAUGCAUCCAUAGGAUUCAUCUAGAGGAUGAAAGUAAGUCUAGCAUUGAACCUCAAAGAAGAUUGAACCCCAAUCUAAAGGAAGUAGUGAAGAAAGAGAUACUCAAGUUGCUUGAUGCUGGGAUAAUCUAUCCCAUCAGUGAUAGCACUUGGAUAUCUCCAGUUCAUUGCGUCCCAAAGAAAGGGGGGAUCACUGUCAUUAAAAACGACAAAGAGGAGCUGAUUCCCACUAGAACAAUAGUGGGGCAUCGCAUGUGUAUUGACUAUAGGAAGCUAAAUUCAGCAUCUAGAAAGGAUCAUUUCCCUCUCCCUUUCAUUGAUCAGAUGUUAGAAAGAUUGGCAAACCACCCCUUUUAUUGUUUUCUUGAUGGCUACAGUGGUUUCUUCCAAAUCCCGAUCCACCCUAAUGAUCAGGAGAAGACCACUUUCACAUGCCCUUAUGGCACCUUUGCUUAUCGAAGGAUGCCAUUUGGGCUGUGCAAUGCUCCAGCUACUUUCCAGAGGUGCAUGACCUCCAUUUUUUCAGAUCUGAUAGAGGAGAUGGUAGAAGUCUUCAUGGACGAUUUCUCAGUCUAUGGAGCAUCCUUCUCCUCAUGUUUGUCUAACUUGUGCAGGGUGUUGCAGAGGUGUGAGGAGACCAAUCUAGUACUCAACUGGGAGAAGUGCCACUUCAUGGUUCGAGAAGGGAUUGUGCUUGGACACAAGAUUUCCGAGAAAGGGAUCGAGCUCGAUCGAGCUAAGGUGGAUGUCAUGUUGCAGCUCCCUGUUCCCAAGACUGUGAAGGACAUAAGGAGUUUUCUGGGUCACGCAGGGUUCUACAGAAGAUUCAUCAAGGACUUCUCAAAGAUAGCAAGACCCUUGACAAGGCUUCUAUGCAAGGAGACAGAUUUUGAGUUUGAUGAAGAAUGCCACAAGUCUUGGACCUUGCUGAAGGAUGCUCUGGUGUCUGCGCCAAUAGUCAAGCUCCAAACUGGGAUCACCCAUUUGAGAUUAUGUGUGAUGCAUCUGACUAUGCAGUAG